AUGUUCCUCUGUACCCACAUUCCCCUGUACCCACGUUCCCCUGUUCCAUGUUCCCCUGUACCCACGUUCCCCUGUACCCACGUUCCCCUGUACCAUGUUCCCCUGUACCCACAUUCCCCUAUACCCAUGUUCCCCUGUACACAUGUUCCCCUGUAUCCAUGUUCCUCUGUACCCACAUUCCCCUGUACCCACGUUCCCCUGUUCCAUGUUCCCCUGUACCCACGUUCCCCUGUACCCACGUUCCCCUGUACCCACGUUCCCCUGUACCCCUGUUCCCCUGUACCCACAUUCCCCUGUACCCACGUUCCCCUGUACCCCUGUUCCCCUGUACCCACGUUCCCCUGUUCUCCUUUACCCAUGUUUCCCUGUACCCCUGUUUCCCUGUACCCACGUUCCCCUGUUCCAUGUUCCCCUGUACCCAUGUUCCCCUGUACCCCUGUUCCCCUGUACCCAUGUUCCCCUGUACCCAUGUAUGGUUAG